AUGGACGGGAGGAGGUUGCAGAGACAGCAGCUGUUUACAGUCAGACAGCGAGGGUCUCACAACAUUUCAGCGGCCCAUGUGAGGCUGGUGAUGCCGCCGAGGGCUCGUGGUGCCCGGCUAAACCAGCCAUCUUCUGCCCGUCUCCUCCUCCGAGGUCCGUGCGCCAGUGGACCCCGCUCUCUGAGCCUCUUCUCCAGCCCAGGACCCUCGAACUGGAACAAAGUUGUGUCUGAUGCGGAGAAGAUCGUGGGAUACCCCACAUCCUUCAUGAGCCUGCGCUGCCUGCUCAGUGAUGAGCUCAGUAACGUGGCCAUGCACGUCAGGAAACUGGUGGGAACCCAGCACCCCCUGCUCAGCACGGCCAGGGGCUUUGUUUACGACAGCCGGAACAACCUCCAGAUGAGAGGGCUGGUGGUGUUGUUGAUUUCCAAAGCAGCCGGAGCGAGCCAAGCCUCCUCAGAUCCUCAGCCACAGGACAUGGUCAGCGGCAUCUAUCCAAGCCAAAGGAACUUGGCAGAGAUCACGGAGCUGAUUCACACUGCGUUCCUGGCGCAUCGUGGGAUUGUUAAUCUCAAAGAGUGGACGGUCUCGGAUGGGCCUCUCAAAGACAUGGAGUUUGGGAAUAAGAUUGCUGUGCUGAGCGGGGACUUCCUGUUGGCUAAUGCGUGCACCGGGUUGGCACAGCUCAACAAUACCAAGUUUUGUAUCUAUUGGGCAGAUUUUUCUCAUCACAACAAUCUCUGGAUUACAGUUUGCUUGUUUUGUUUUUAUUCAGAGCCACUGCAGGCCUCGCGAGAGGAGGACGGCCUCGGUGGGAAAGUUCCCCAGCAUCACAGCUUUGCUCAGGACACGCCCAGGCUAGUCUUCAAGACAAACAGCGAUGUUCUUGUGUGUGACUGGUGCAAACACAUUCGCCACACAAAGGAGUAUCUGGACUUCGGAGCCGGAGAGCGAAGGCUGCAGUUCUGCAGUGCCAAAUGUCUCAACCAGUACAAGAUGGACAUUUUUUACAAAGAGACUCAAGCAGCGCUCCCUGGGGGACUGUGCAACUCGGGACACCCCUCAGCAGGGGACAGUAAAGCCGACUGUGGUGCUGGGAUGCAGCUGCUCACCCCAGAGUCCUGGGGCUCACCUCUGGCUGAUCUGAGGAGAAAGGCCCCAUCACCCGGGGGUCCAUCGAGCUCCUCUGUCUUGGGCACGACCACCUCCUCAGUCACAUCUCCCUCAGACAGCAGUGCUGUCUGUUCUCCAUCCUCCUCUGCUAAAAUUCCCACUCCCAGACCACAUGAGAGCCCCACCCUUGUGCCACCACCAGUCCCUGCUCUACACCCACCUGUGGGAAUGGCUUCUGGCAGCCCCCCUAUGGUCAUGACCCCUCGGGGCCCCAUGCCCCUGACUCUUUUCAUGGAGCAUCAGAUGAUGCAGCAGAUGCGACCUCCUUUCCUGCGCUCCUCUCAUCCCGGAGGACCCAACAGUCCUCUGUCCAUCCCUGGCAUUGGACCCCCUCCUCCCUCCAGGACUCUGGGUCCUCCGUCCAGCCCCAUGCAUCGACCACUACUGUCUCCACAUGUCCACCCGGGUUCAAACCCUAACCCUGGUAUGAUGCCCCCUCAUCCGGGUAUCCCUAUGGCAGGCUUCCCUCCAUUUCCUCCUGUCAACAUGAUGCACAAUGGUCCAAUCCCUCUGCCCCCCAUGAUGAACUUUGGUAUGCCAUCUCUGGCCCCUCUCGUGCCCCCACCCACCCUUCUAGUUCCGUAUCCGGUCAUUGUUCCUCUUCCUGUUCCCAUUCCUAUUCCUAUUCCCAUACCAAUGAACCCCAAAAGCCCCAGGGACCAACCCGAGAGCAGUGGACAUGUGCACCCCAGUCAGUCCACUGAGUCCUCUUCAGGAGGCCCCACCGUAGGAGCCAAUGUAGGGGACAGAGAAGACCGGUCUGGAGUGGAGCACUUGUCUCCUGGAUGCUCCUCCUCAGAAAAGACUAGGACAUCUAAAGGUGACUUCUUUGUGAAGACAGAGGACAAUUCAGGGACCUCGUGUAUGACUGUCUCCUCCAAGUCAAUGGAUGGAGUGAUCGACCUAACUAUGAACCAGAAACAGCAUCUUUACAGCACUGCAGUCAGAGAGAUUCAGGUGAAAGUGGAGGCAGAUUCCAAGUCUCCACCUGCGGAGGGCCAGUGUAUGCGGGCAAAAGAUUGGGUACAAGUAGCUGCCAUGGAGCAGGAAAAUAAAGCUAAAAUAAAGGAAGGGGGAUCUGAAACGCACACACUGGAACCCUCCACUCCUCCUUCCACAAACAUUAGCCCCCACCACAACUCUAAUCCUCCAGUGAGCCAGCAGAACUCUUAUAUUUCUAACCUUAGUCUGCAAGCAAGCCGGAGUCAGCUCCACACUCCAGCGCAGGAUCAAAGUGGUCCUGCUGCACUCUGUAAUGUGAUAGUCAAUGGGACAGGGUGGCAUCCCGUUCUGCCACCUGCCACCUCAGAGUGCCAUUCAGCACCAGCCAAUGGAGACCUGGAACGGGAUGCACUAAAAGAGAACAACUGCUCUGUAACAGGGUGGGAGCCGGGCAAAAGUGCCAAAGAAUGGCACGGACAAAGCCGCCUUCCUCUCCUGCUCCAUCAGUGCUCCUCUGUCUGCGACCUGCAGCCCAGAGCUCGAGCCUCCGCUGAAGAGAAGGUGCCUGCGAAUCCGCAAUCAAAACAAAUGAGAUGGUUGCUCUUACGACUGCAGUGCCAUCAGUGA